CUGCAGCAAACGUCACCUGUCAGCUGUCACAUCGCCUUCACUUCUGCGUUGUGCAUUUUUCUUUUGCUAAUUUUUGUUGCAAUUGCAAGGCAAAUACAUUUAAUUUUGUUUUGCAUAUCACAUUUGGCCUGUGAAUUGAAUUUAAAUUCUGCCACUCACAUCACAAGUCACAACCAAAUCCAACACCAACUCAACGAAUUAGUACAAAUUGAUUGGCAAUUCGAAGUUGACGUCGUCGGCGGUAGUCUGUAUCGGAAUUUUGAAUUCAUAAAUCAAAGAAGUUAAUCUUUUUCUUUGCAAAUAAACAUUAAACAACAACAAUGGCAGGAGCAAAUCCGUACGCUCACUUCCAGAAGUCAUUCAACUUCGAAGGAACAGACUUUAAGUAUUUUGACCUGGCUUCCCUUGACCCUAAUUAUGAUCAACUGCCCUAUUCGAUUCGUGUCCUCUUGGAAUCAGCCGUGCGUAACUGCGAUAACUUCCAUAUCUUGGAAAAGGACGUUCAGAGCAUCCUUAAAUGGUCUCCGGGUUCAAAACAAGGAGAGAACGACGUAGAAGUCUCAUUUAAACCAGCAAGAGUUAUCUUACAAGAUUUCACUGGUGUACCAGCUGUGGUCGACUUUGCUGCUAUGCGUGAUGCUGUUCUAAGUUUAAAUGGAAACCCAGAAAAAAUCAAUCCCAUUUGCCCAGCUGAUCUUGUGAUCGAUCAUUCUGUUCAAGUUGAUUUUGCCAGAACAACCGAUGCCUUGAGCAAAAAUCAAAACCUUGAGUUUGAGCGCAACAAAGAGAGAUUUACAUUCCUUAAAUGGGGAGCUCGUGCAUUUAACAAUAUGCUAAUUGUACCACCUGGCUCAGGUAUUGUUCAUCAAGUCAAUUUGGAAUACUUGGCUCGUGUUGUUUUCGAAGAUGACUCAGAAGGCGGAAAGAUUCUUUACCCUGAUAGUGUUGUAGGAACUGAUUCGCAUACUACCAUGAUAAAUGGUCUUGGAGUGCUUGGAUGGGGUGUUGGAGGAAUUGAAGCUGAAGCAGUUAUGCUAGGUCAAUCGAUUUCAAUGCUGUUGCCAGAAGUAAUUGGAUAUAAAUUGGUUGGAAAAUUGAACCCACUCGUGACGUCGACUGAUUUAGUGCUGACAAUCACGAAGAAUUUACGCCAGUUAGGUGUGGUGGGUAAAUUUGUUGAAUUUUAUGGUCCAGGUGUAGCUGAGCUAAGUAUAGCUGACCGUGCAACAAUAAGUAACAUGUGUCCUGAAUACGGUGCUACUGUUGGUUAUUUCCCAAUCGAUUUGAAUACUUUGGCUUAUAUGCGUCAAACAAAUCGCUCUGAAAAGAAAAUUCAAAUAAUUCAGCAAUACUUGGAAAAAUCGCAUCAGUUACGUGACUUUUCCGAUGAGUCUCAAGAUCCAAAUUACUCUAAGUCAAUAACAUUGGACCUUGGAAAUGUGGUAACAUCAGUAUCUGGACCAAAACGUCCCCACGAUCGGGUAUCUGUUACGGACAUGAAGGCAGACUUUCAAUCUUGCUUGACCAGUAAGGUUGGCUUCAAAGGAUUCGAAAUUGCACCAGACGCACUCAGCGCGAGUGGCACAUUCCAGUGGGAUGAUGGAAAGACCUAUAAGAUCACACAUGGAUCUGUUGUCAUUGCAGCCAUUACCUCGUGUACAAAUACAAGUAAUCCUUCAGUGAUGCUAGGUGCUGGUAUGCUGGCAAAGAAUGCAAUUGAAAAGGGUCUUUCGAUUGCUCCCUACAUCAAGACUUCACUCUCACCUGGGUCGGGAGUUGUAACCUAUUAUCUUAGAGAGUCGGGUGUGAUUCCAUAUCUGGAACAAUUAGGUUUUGAUGUCGUCGGCUAUGGAUGCAUGACUUGUAUUGGCAAUUCUGGACCGCUGGAUGAUAAUGUUGUUAAUACCAUCGAAAAGAAUGGAUUAGUUUGUUGUGGUGUUCUUUCUGGUAACAGAAACUUUGAGGGUCGUAUUCAUCCGAAUACAAGGGCCAACUACCUGGCGAGUCCGUUGUUAGUUAUAGCCUAUGCAAUUGCCGGUCGAGUUGACAUAGACUUCGAAACCGAACCAAUCGGUGUGAAUGCUAAGGGAGAGAAGGUAUUCCUACGUGAAAUAUGGCCCACAAGGAAUGAAAUUCAAAAGGUAGAAAAUACACAUGUCAUUCCGGCUAUGUUUCAAGAAGUCUACAGCAAAAUCGAAUUGGGUUCUGAAGAUUGGCAAAACUUAGAAGUAUCCGAUGGUCAGUUGUAUCCUUGGAGCGGAGAAUCAACAUACAUCAAGCGACCACCCUUCUUCGAUGGAAUGACACGCCAAUUGCCAGAAAUCAAGUCUUUGAAAAAUGCACGUUGCUUGUUGUUCUUGGGUGACUCUGUCACAACCGAUCACAUUUCUCCAGCUGGUUCGAUUGCCAGAAAUAGCCCUGCUGCUAGGUAUCUAUCCGAGCGUGGUCUCACUCCAAGAGACUUCAAUUCAUAUGGAUCACGACGUGGAAAUGAUGCAAUUAUGGCACGUGGAACAUUCGCAAAUAUUCGCCUGGUAAACAAGCUAGUUUCAAAGACAGGACCCAGGACCCUACACAUCCCAAGUCACGAAGAAAUGGAUGUUUUUGAUUGUGCUGAAAGAUACAAAGAAGAAGGUACUCCGUUGAUUGCGGUCGUAGGAAAGGAAUACGGAAGUGGAUCUAGUAGAGAUUGGGCAGCAAAGGGACCAUUCCUUCUGGGUAUUAAAGCUGUAAUUGCGGAAUCAUUCGAACGUAUUCAUCGAUCAAAUUUGGUGGGCAUGGGCAUCAUACCAUUGCAAUUCUUACCCGGUCAAAAUGCGGAAAGCUUGAAUUUGAACGGACGUGAGGUUUAUAACAUUAGUCUACCCGAUAACAUUAAACCUCUGCAAAAAAUUGAAGUUGAGGCCGAUGGAAGAAUUUUCGAAGCAAUUGUUCGCUUUGAUACAGAGGUUGACAUAACAUACUUCAAAAACGGUGGCAUCCUCAACUACAUGAUCAGGAAAAUGUUGGAUUAAGUGGUGCUGUGUAUUUCAAAACUGAGCAUUUUUUGUAUUAAAUUAAAAAACAAAAAAAAUGGUAUGGGUAUUGUUAAUAAGAAGAAAAGAAGAAAAAAUAAGAGAAAAUAUUUUUGCGUUUUUUUGUUUUCUUUUUUAUUUUAUAAUAAAGAACAUUUUAGUGGUAACGACUAA